AGAAUAUGUUUUUUUAUGAAAUUCAAUAGUAAAAUAAUGCUUUCAUACAUGUUUUAGACAAAUAAUGCAAGAUGCUAAUUUAAUAAUGAAUACUGGCCUAAUUCAUAGAUAAAAGCAAGAGUUAAUUAUGAAAUACUAAUUAUUAUUGCUAUACUCAAAAGAAUUGAAUGUAUAUCUAGAAACAUAAGGAUUUUUGUCAAUCGCAUUCUUAGUCUGCUGUAAAUUGGAAUGCUGUAUUAGUAUAUCAAAUAUGUAUAGGAAACAAUAAAAUUUGUUGUUAAACAUGUAAGAGAUCUUGA